CAUUGCGAUUGGUGUUUUUCAUCCGUCUAUGGAUUCGUAGGUUUUUUUCUGGCAUCCGAUUCCCAGCCGUCAUUCAAAACACAUCCUAAACUCAAAAUUCUCAGCGUAAAUUUCGGUCAUUUGUUUUGCUUUUAUAACUUAAGAUUUUCGUUUAACAAAGUUAGGAUCAUGUCAAGGUUGCAGCGUCUGAUGACCAGGGAUCAAAAGGUAGCCAUUACAGAAGAAGAGGCGCGACGUAAACGCGCCGAAGUGAGACGUAGUUAUGGGAACAAGUUCUCCAAUAUAAAUCUAACAAGGAUGCGACAGAAGCAAAGUACCAGUGGCGAUUUGGCUUCGGUAAAACCUACAGCAAUAGAUGAUGUUCACAAUAAUGCCCCUACGGAAACGAGUUCUGUCUUGCCGCCCAAGGAUAAGGAUAUGUCGUUGCGUCGGAUUGCUUCGAGCUUUGACCAAGUUCAAGAUUUGGUCAAUGGCAGUAGUGCCGCCUUACCCUUAGAGGAUUGUGAGGAUGAUGCCCGGGAGGAGCGCGCUGAAGUGCUUAUAUGCAGCCAGACAAUGCCAUUACCAGAGUCAAGUGAAUCUACGUUGACUCUUGAAGACCAACAAAUCGAUAUUCCUGUAGAGCCCUUAAUUGAAGAGCUUCCCCAGCCGAGUUCAGCCAAGUUAACCCAAAUAAUGCCCGAUCCCCUGCAGCUUGAAUCCCGGGCCGUUGAACGUUGGCAACAGCUGGGCAGUACAGUUUCUGCUCUAUUCCGUGCCCGACGCUAUAUCGACAGCUCGGAAACUCCGGUGGCACAGACCCGACGGAUCCGUGAGCAACGCGAACUUCUCGAGGCAUUCACUAGACCCUUCCUUUAUGAGGCCCACAAGUAAGCCCUGGAAAACCCUCAGAGACAUCCCAAUACAUUGAAAUUUAAACAAAAUCUUUUCUUUUGUUGUCAAUUAAAUUCAAUUCAUUGGAUUUUGCACCUAUUAGUUGGUGGCAUCUGUA